GAGAAGCUGUCUGCUCAGAUGGCCAAGAAGAUUACAGAGGGGAUCUACGAGCUUUACUGCAAUCACCAUGAGAACAUGCUGGCACAGUACCGGGCCAAGCCCGACAAAGGAGUUGGGGCUGAGGAGAUUCUUGAGCAGUUCCGGAAGGAAAAGAGUCUAGAGAAGUAUUCCAUCCUGCAAGCUGACAGAAAAAUGGACCGAAAAUUAGAAAAAGAGAAGGAGGGAUCAGCUGUGCUGAUCAGAACAGAACAUGGCCAAGAUGUUCAAAUGUUCAUAAAUGAUCAGCAUGUUCGAAUAAUAAGAAGGCAGAACAGUUGAAACUGGAGCAGCAGCACGGCC